AGUCCUCUCGGCUGUCGCGCGCUGAAUGGCUGGCGGUCCGCAGCGCCUCAGCCUGGGGCCCCGCAGCCACAGGUCCGCGGCGCCCAGGGUCGGCGCUGGAGGCCGGCGGGGGAGUCCUGCACGGUCCUGCGCCCCUUCCUGCCUUACGUACCGCCCCGCCACUCUCCGGGCAGUCGCAGUCCUACUCACGUCCCCCGGGGACGGGGCGCUGUGGCCACCAGAGACAGCACAGCAGCCAGGUCUCCACGCAGGCCAGGCCCGCUGAGAGCCUGGGAGCGGCAUCUAUUUACAUGCGGUACCAAUUAGUCUCCGAGGCAUCGUUCCCCCACGUGCCAAUGUAAUUGCCCGUAUCAGGGAGUAGGCACGCGGAACCGCGGACCUACGAAGAAAGCUCCAUCGGGUCUGCACCCCUACCCACAGCGCACUCAAGAGUGUCCCUCAGGGGCUGGGCAGAACCACAGACAGCGCCGGCGACUCUGCUCCGGAGUCGCUCCGGGGCUUCCCAGCGUCGCGGGGACAGGUGCGGCCGCUCCGUGCGCCAGGAGCCUCGGGGUUCUCGCCACGCUCCCCCUCUUUCAGAAAUUCGGACUGCUUGCAACUGCCGUGCGGCUCUUUUUCUUCUGAAAGGCCAGUGUCUUAUCUCUCAAGUUCAAGUUCUGAGGACUUGCCCAGUCUCCUCCCCUUAGGUCAUUUUUACCAUCCUUCGGCAGCCUCGGGAAGCUGGGGGCUUGGACUGCUCGUCCCAGAGCCGGCGCCGGGUCCCAAUCCGUCCAGCGCAGUAUCCCGGUGCAUUCGCCUCUCUCCCUCCCUCUCCCUCCCUCCCUUCCUCUCUUUCCUCCUCUAGUUCCCCCCUUCCUCCCUUGCCUCUUAAGUUUCCUGCACCGUAAAUCCAACUGUGCCAAGCCUAGGGUCCCGUGGAAGCAAUCCUGAGCGCGACCUGGGCACCGGGACACCAUCUCCGCCGAGGCUGGAAGCGGCAGCGGGACCGGUCCCCCCGGAGCAUGGAGACGAAGCGCCAGGGAGGGCAUGUCCGGGGCGCUGGAGACGCCAGGCCCGAGUAGCUCCUCCAUGGAGCCUGCCCAGAGCGGUCCCUCACCGGAUUUGCCCCCUGGUUCUGUACGGCUGCUGAGAGCGCUCCUUGCUCUGUAAAGUGGAUGUCAGGUGGAUCUAUGUUUUUGAAGGAACAAAGACUCAGCGAAGGCAACGCCGAGGAAGUUUGAGACGCGGGAGGAUGCAGGCUGCGUGCUGGUACGUGCUUCUCCUCCUGCAGCCCACCGUCUACUUGGUCACAUGUGCCAAUUUAACCAAUGGUGGAAAGUCAGAACUUCUGAAAUCAGGAAGCAGCAAAUCCACACUAAAGCACAUAUGGACAGAAAGCAGCAAAGACUUGUCCAUCAGCCGACUCCUGUCACAGACUUUUCGUGGCAAAGAAAAUGAUACAGAUUUAGACCUGCGAUAUGACACCCCAGAACCUUAUUCUGAGCAAGACCUCUGGGACUGGCUGAGGAACUCCACAGACCUUCAAGAGCCUCGGCCCAGGGCCAAGCGAAGGCCCAUUGUAAAGACGGGCAAGUUUAAGAAAAUGUUUGGAUGGGGUGACUUUCAUUCCAACAUCAAGACAGUGAAGCUAAACCUGUUGAUAACUGGGAAAAUUGUAGAUCAUGGCAACGGGACAUUUAGUGUUUAUUUCAGGCAUAAUUCCACUGGUCAAGGGAAUGUAUCUGUCAGCUUGGUGCCCCCUACAAAAAUAGUGGAAUUCGACUUGGCACAGCAAACCGUGAUUGAUGCCAAAGAUUCCAAGUCCUUUAACUGUCGCAUUGAAUAUGAAAAGGUUGACAAGGCCACCAAGAACACACUCUGCAACUAUGAUCCUUCAAAAACCUGUUACCAGGAGCAGACCCAAAGUCAUGUGUCCUGGCUCUGCUCCAAGCCCUUCAAGGUGAUCUGUAUUUACAUUUCCUUUUAUAGUACAGAUUAUAAACUAGUACAAAAAGUGUGCCCUGACUACAACUACCAUAGCGACACACCUUACUUCCCGUCCGGAUGAGGCUGGACAGGAGGUUGAGACUGAAGCCUGAGGAGUUAAAGGUCAUAUGACAGGGCUGUUACCUCAAAGAAGAAGGUCACAUCUGUUGCCUGGAAUGUGUCUACACUGCUGCUCUUGUCAACUGGCUGCAAAUACGCUAGUGGAAAACAAUCUGAUGUAAUUUCUGCCCAGUCAGCUUCAUCUCUCAGUCUAGUUGUAAAUCACCACAGGUUUUGAAGCCACACUUGAAGACAUGCUCUCACACAUAGAUGUACACAGACACACACUUAUACACAUUUCAGCUUGCAUCUGUCACGAUUCCUGUCGAGAGGGCUGUCAUUGUCUGACUCAUAAUGGUUCAGGAUAAAAUCUCAUCAAGCUAAAGGAUUAACUUGACAGUGAAUGGUUUUCUAACACUUGCUGUUGUCGAAAUCUCUUUUUAAAGUCUUGAGUACAUGCUAAUCAAUAGUCCCCACUCAUGCAUUCCUACUGCUUGGAGUAGCUGUACUGGUAAAUACUACUGUAGGAGUAUAUGCUUGUUAAAAUGGAAAAAAAAAUUAUGUCUUUAGAGCUCAGUAUUCUUUAUUUUAUGAACAAGAACAAAGUGUAGUAACUUUUUUCCAGCAAACAGUAGGCACAUUCAAGGUGAUCCAAGAUGGCUCUUUUUUUCUAUGCAGGGAGCCUGUUCUCAGUAAAGAUGAGCAAACAUUUGGAAUUUACAUGUGGGCAGACACUGGAGUACAGCUUUCAUCACCCACCAUUGGACUUUUGCAAAGCUGAGACCAGCUAAAGCUGCUUAAAACAAGUUCUGAUACUUAUAUAAGAAGGGAAAUGCCUGACAGACACCAUGUAAGUUAUAAGUGUCUGUCUUAUCUUUACUACACAUAUUGUAACAAAUUCAAUAUCCUAGUCUUCAUUUGUAUGAAUGGUUUGUAUUGUAUAUAGUUUAACCAAGUGUUAUUUGAGCUGCUUAUUAAUAUUAACUUGUACUUGUCUCUCUGCUUGUUAUUGGUUAAAAAAGAAAAAAAAAAAGGAUAUGAGGAAUCCAUUUUAUCAAUGUAGCUGUGAAUUCCAUUAAAAAAAGAAAUGUACAAAGCAUUUAUUCAGCUCAAGUAUUGUUGAAAGCUAUACAUAUACAACAUUACAGUCUGUCUGUAUUUAGAUAUUUUAUUUCUGGACAAAAUGAAAUGUACAUAAAAAUAAAAUGCUUAAAGUUGAGUU